AUGAAAAGAGCUUUUAAAUUAUUGGCAUUCUUGAUAUGCUUAACAAAUGCAGCAAAGCAAUCUACUGUUCCAGAAAGCUAUGAAAAUGUCAAAACAAAUGAAGCAACAGAUAAGGAACCAACACCUUUUAUAUCAGAUUGUGAGGAGCCCGGAAAACCUGAUUCUAAAGAAAAUCAUUCAAACGAUGAACAAAAUAUGGAUAACUUUGUGGAACCCCAGCCAAAGAGCAUAGAAAACUCGCAACAACAAGCAGACAACAAUUCAGAGCAAUAUAACUCUAAAGAAAACGAAGAAAACCAGAAUCAACAUAAUUCUGGUGAAAAUAAUUUGCAGAAUGAAGAAUUAUAUCAAACAAGCGAAAACUCGCGAAGUAAAGAAAAUGUACUUGAGCCCAGUUUUGAAGAAACUAACUCAAAAGAUAAAGAAAACUUCCCGAUUUACAAUUUUGAUCCGACUGCUGAUCAAAAAUGCGAAGAAUAUCCAUAUCAACCCGAUUUUGCAGAAAACGAGGAAGGCUCAUCUCAUCCAAAUUCAAAGGAAAACCAUUCGAAAAUCAGAGAAAAUCCUGCUAUUUAUGAGGAAAACGAUUCAAAUAGCAAAGAGCGUUUUCGUAAUGAAAAUUCUAACGAAAAUCAUGGUCCUGAUCCGAUAUCUGAUCAAAAAUGUGAAGAAUAUUCACCACAACCCAAUAUUGAAGAAAGUGGAGAAAUUCCUCCGAACUCCAAGGAAAACCAUUCGAAAAGUAAAGAAAAUUCACUUCAACCCAAUUCAGAAGAAAACAGCUCAAAAAACAAAGAAAAUUUUUCUAAUCAUUCUGAGAGUAAGGAAAAGUCGCACGAGUCUAAUUCCAAAGAAAAUCAUUCAAAAACCAAAAAACCUUUGAAAAAUGAAAAUGUCCCUAGUGCUAACGUUUCUAAGGAGAACCACUCAAAAAGCAAAGAAAGUUCUCAUUAUAUAAGCUCUAAGGAAAAUAAUUCCAAAAGUAAGGAAAAUAAUCCCAAAAGUAAAGAUGCCUCGAACGAGUCCACUUCUAAAGAAAACGACUCAAAGGCCGGAAAGCAUAAUUCAAAUGAAAAUAAUUCGAAAAGUGCUAAUACAUCUGACAAAAACCAUUCAAAAAGGAAAGAAAAUUCCGAUCAUUCAGGAUCUAAAGAAAACCAUUCCAAAAGCAAAGAAAUUUUGCAUCAGUCUAAUUCUAAGGAAAACACUUCAAAAACCGAAAAGCAUAAUUCUAACGAAAAUAAUUCGAAAAGCGACAAUGGUUCUAUUAACAGUCACUCUGACGAAAACCAUUCAAAUAGCAAAGAAAACUCUAAUCAUCCAACAAAGAACAAAAUGAUAUUGAAACUUGUAUGCUGA